AUGUCCUCAGUCUGUGUCACGUCACCACGGCCUCAGGCUCCUGAUGCCUUCCGGGCACUCACCUUCCAGAGUGUCGCUAAGGGUCCUCAUGAUCCCAUGUUCGACUUGAAAAAAGCCGCUGACGGAAACACAUCACCGUUCAAAGUUGACCUGGGAGCUGGUGUCUACCGUAACGAAGCCGGUGCUUACCAUGAGUUUCCGGCUGUUAAGGAGGCGAAAAGGAGACUUGAUGAGCUGGAUCUCGGUCAUGACUACAAUCCUACGACAGGCAUUGCAUCCUUUACAAAAGCCGCCGCCAGUGUCAUGUUUGGAGGUUUGACUAGCACCGUAUCUGGCAAGCUCGUAUCUGUUCAGACUGUCGCUGGAACAGGCGCAAACCGCAUUGGUGCUGUCUUCCUCAACAAGCACUGGCCGACAACAAACGCCGCCGCCUUGAAGGCCCCUCAACCCAAUGCCACCAAGGUCUUCAUCGGCGUCCCAACCUGGGGUAACUAUGAGCCUCUCUUCCGACACGCUGACUUCGCCAACAUCGAGACGUAUCGGCAUCUUGAUCAAGACAGCGGCGAACUCGACUUUGACUUCGUCGUCGCAGCUCUGAAGACUGCAACGGAGCGAAGCAUCUUUGUCUUUCAAGCAUGCUGCCACAAUCCCACCGGCCGAGAUUUUACUCGGAACCAAUGGACACAAAUUGCAGAUCUAAUGUCUACGGGGAGACACUUUGCCUUUUUUGACGCAGCUUAUCAGGGCUUGGGAGAAUCUCUUGAUGCAGAUGCAUGGGCUGUCCGCUGCUUUGCCGAGAGAGGCAUUGAUAUGCUCGUAUGCCAGUCCUUCUCCAAGAAUAUGGGCCUUUACUCGGAACGGGUGGGCGUACUGCACGUUCUCUGCAAGACUGCGCAGAUUGCAGAAAACGUCUUUGAUCAGAUCCGCAGUCUUGUCCGAUGGGAGUUCUCCUCAGCACCCGCCUACGGAAGCAGACUGGCCGACAUCAUCCUCAACGACCCAGUCCUUUGCAACCAAUGGACUGGGGAGGUUAAAGCUGCGAGGGAAAGAAUCAAGCACGUGCGCCAAAGUCUGUAUGAUUGUCUGACGCAAAAGUACAAGACACCAAAUCUGCGCAAGGUGACCAGCGGUAACAAGGUUGUAAGACCCUGGAUGCAUCUGCUAGAGGAGAAGGGGUUGUUCUCGUAUACAGGACUCUCGGCGGAGAUGACAAAGACAUUGGUGCGGAAUUGGCAGAUCUAUCUCCCGGAGAAUGGAAGGAUCAACGUCUCUGGGCUAAAUGACGGAAACGUAGACAGAGUGGCCGAGGCUUUUGAUAGCGUUGUGCGAACACAGGGAUGA